UACGAAUAGUAUCGAGCUAGCGAGAGAACGUAUCAAACAUGUCUCCACAUAUCUGUGACGAACUGAACUCUGUGCAGGAUACUCUGUUUAAAAUACCCACCACUGAGGCGAAACCAGCAACCGAGACACUGCAUGAAAAAUCUCAGAACACCAUAGGCCACACCCUGCUGAAGGUGCUGCGCCAGGCCGUGUCGUCUGCUAGGGUCACUUGUGGAAUCUUUGAAAGCACCAAACUGCUGAGCUGCAGCCCCGACAGCGUGAUGCUGUGUGUGCUGCCCAACGCUGGCUCAUCCAGUGACGUCACCGUGCACAUCCAGCACACCCUGAUGGAAGCUUUCUGCUGGGAGAACGAUAUCAAGAUGUUGAAGGUUGAUGAAUCGAAGAAGCUUGCGAACGCGCUGGGCAGGUCCUGGUCUGAUGACGUCAGUUGUGUCCUGUUAGAGUUUCCUCUUAGUGGACUCAGCCCAGAAGAUGAGCGAAUUGCCGACUUCUACGACACCGCCAUGUACAGUGGCAUUUCGCCUAACCCGGUUGUAGAACUUCCGGAUUGAAAGGAUUGGUCGUGGUGGUAACCAUGACGACGACGAACUUUCACAGAGUUCUGCUACACUGACUUGCUCUGCGGAGUCCUGGCGACGACGUACUGACCAAACACUCAGGAGCUCGCACCCGACAAGAAGCUUGUAAAGAAAGACUUACGAUGAAGCCCAGCGGUAUUAGAUUCAACCGUUCUGACAUCCUUCUGAGGGCUUUAGCAGCUGUACAGUCUUCUGAGCAUCAGCCGCUGUCCACUUACUAAAGAUGUUUGCUUAAUGCAAGGACAUUUCUUAUGGAAGAACAUUGAUUGUGCUAUGCCAUGCUCACUGGAGUUGUGUAUUGUGUCAAGACUAAGCCACGAUUACCGAAGAUGCUUGCAUAAUGCAUAUAAACAUAAACAUUUCCCAUGGAAGGACUUUUGCCACGCCGUACCAACUGAUGCUGUUUACAAUGUCAGGUCUGACAUGCUCGCUGAAAAUCCUUGAAUAAUGCAUCAUAAAAACAUUUCCGAUGGAAGGAUAUUUUCUAUGUCAGUCACUGAAGCUGCUUGCUAUGUCAUGUCUACGCCGUGCUCACUCAAAGAAUCUGAUGACUGGUUGAUGGUUGACGGUGAACACUUACAGUGGAAAGACAUUUUGUUGUGUGAAAUCUAUGCCGACCUGACGGCAGCACUUAGCUCUAUGAACACUUACUUGCCAGCUCGGUGCUUAUAAUGUGGACACUAUUGCCAUGGAGAUGAUUCAAAUGUUUGUAUUAUUGUGAACGAUGUUUUAAACAACAAAUGUGUUGUUGUAAUUUGUUAAAUAAAUAUUCCUAUUUAA